AUGCACCUUCUCCUUGACGCAGUUCAGCAGUACCAUGGUCAUGUUACAUCGCUUGAGCUAGGUUAUCUGUCCGAGGACUUGUUUCCCCCAGCGCAGCUGCUGAUAGAGAGACUUGUUGCCGGAGGGCACGUUGCCGAUUUCUCCGUAAAAGUGGUGCUAUGGAAACGUACAGCUCAGGUUGUCAAAACGUUUAAGACGUCUGAAGUCGGGGGUCAUGUGGGUCUUAUACUAGAAAUGCAAUUUUUCCAGGAAAAUUUACGCAAAGUCGAUCCAGUAACCAUACUGAUGGAUAACUACACCGAUUCCUUGUGGUCCAAUACGUCCGAAGAGAUGAGCAACUUCACGGAAGCCGCUGUUCAGCACGUCAGCGAUCCCAAGUUCCCUAAGGACUUGCUCAAUCAGUACGGAAUCUACGUUGCUGGAAUGAAUUUAAUGGCUUACCAGAACGUCAUCUGCAGCGUCGUCGGCAUACCAAGCAACCUGGCCAGCAUUGUCACCUUAAUGAAAAUCAAACCGAUGACUUCCUCGAUCUUUUUACUCACUUUUUUGGCCGUAGUUGACUUCAUCGUACUCUUCUACAAACAGCUGUUCGUCCUCAUGAUCGUGAAUUUAGAAUACAGGGUAUGGGAAAUUGGUUGUAAGUUCUACUUCUUCAUAGGCUCCAUUUUGGUGCAAUUCUCUGUAUGGCUCAUGGUGGCCUUAACCAUUGAACGAUUCAUCGCAGUCUGGUUUCCAUUGAAUGUGGCCAGCCUCUGCACGGUAAAACGAGCGAAGAUCACGGUCACCUGUAUGCUGCUCAGCCUGGCAUUGUUUAACAUACCCUACUGCGUGGCCGCUUCCGAACGCCAACAACCCAACGGCUUGUGGAACUGUGGAAUACACAAAGAUUUUGAGGCUUUUCUCGUCACAUGGUCCUGGGUGGACUCCACUAUCUACCUAUUCCUGCCCUGGCCCACUCUACUUUUCUGUAACGUCAUGAUUAUCAUUGGACUGCGGCUGUCCGCGCGUAAAAAAGAGUGUAUGACAAGCAGCACAAAUCAAACAGCAGAAUCGAAGCGACAGCAUCAAAGUGUCACUGUUAUGUUGAUAGUAGCAUCUAUUGCAUGUUUCUUAUUACUCACGCCAAACGCCGUUUUCUUCAUAUACCAGCGCUACUGGGAUGUUCAGUCGGAUGUGUAUCAGUACGCCUGUUACGUCUUUGUUAGCGCGUUAGUAUACUUUUUGUCCAAUUUCAACCAUGCCGUCAACUUCCUUUUAUACGUGGUUAGCGGCCGACGUUUCCGUCGUGUGUUCAUAGCGCUGAUCACGUGCCGCGGUUCCGAAGAGGCGCUUCGUGGCUAG